CCAUCAUCCUCGUCUCAACUGCAAUUUAAGGCUGAACUACUGAGACGCUGGUGCAGAAACUCACUUUCUCUCAGCGUGACCUCCACUCGGGCUCAGAAAAUGGUGACUGGAGGAUUUGUGCAGAUGCUCAGGAAGAGAAAGGAGCUCAUCCCUCUGAUUGGCUUCAUGGCGUUUGCGGCGACUGGAGCCACGUCGGCCUGCAUCUACUUCCUGUUCACCAAAACAGAUGUUAUACUGAAUAAAAACGCAAACCCUGAGCCCUGGGAGAGACUCGACCCGUCUAAACCACAAAAGCUCAUCACCAUCAAGCAGCAGUGGAAGCCGGUGGAGGAACUGGAGAUUGUGAAGAAACUGACCAAGUAACAUGAUCAUCUCGUAAUAACGCGUAAACUGUGUGUGUAUAUAAGACUAUACGUGCGUGCGUAUACCUACUGAUGAUGUAUAUAUUUAUUUUGCAUGUAUAUGAGAUCUUUAUUGCAGCACUGAACCCUGACCCUGCUGAAUGUGGUGAUGAUGAUUAAUGUGAUGAUGAAACAGCGGCUGUAACUCUGCUCUGUGACAGACAAGGAGAAAUGUGAAUAAACUGAAACUGAAUUAAA